UCAAGAUGAUAUAAUGUCAGGGAAUUACAUUCUCAAAUUAUAUUUAAUAAUCCACAAUUAGUUUUUAAAUUAUAAUUCUUGUCUAAUAGGCCAAUUGCCAUAUUUUGCAAUAUUUAGAAGGAAUAAGUAAAAAGAUUGUCAGCGAUAUUACACUAAUAUGACCACAGUUUCACGUGUGAUAUUGUGCGCAAACUAACAAACAAAACUGAAACCUAGAAUCCAGCCAGCAAACUUCUUUGGGAACUACUGAAAAGUUUUAUCGUAAAGUUUGCCUUGUUAGUCAGAGGUGUCUCCCUGCGGCUCUGCAUGUAACCCAUUACGAGGCGCGUUCACAUGUCUUCUGCUUCCUGUCAGUGCGAGCGGCGCUUUAUCGCCGACAAGCAGAAGCGGAACGUAAUAACGCUCAUUCGCGCGAUAUGCAAUUUUAUUCUGCUAUUUAUUUUGCCACGGAUUUUUCCCUUUACUUGUGGUUUAUGGAUGUGUGUAAUGUUGCGUAAUGCUGUAGCCUGGAUUAACAGUGGUAUCAUUGUCUAAUGAGGCAAAAAAGGGCACAAUGCCUUUUCAUAAAGAAAUUUGCAGCUUAAUGGUAAUACAUUUAAAAAUAGCGUUUUAAUAGGCUGUCUAUAGCAUUUUGUAAUAUUUAAUCUGAAAUGAAGACAUCCUACCAAAGAAGCGGUCUGUCGCUGUUUGCGUUUUGUUUGAUAGAGUUCUGCACAUUGUUUAGCCAUGCUGAGGUACAGCAGGUGCAAGGCAUUGUGGGAGGGGCUUUCACUUUUCCUGCCCCAGUUCUUUCACUGGGCGCCCUGUUGUAUGGGAAUAUCGGCACUGUGGCCAUGGUGCUGUCAGGGAGCAGUAUCACAAACCUAACGGAGAAAUUCAGAGGCAGAUUGUGGUGGGACAGUAAGACGGGACUCUUCACCAUCACCGAUCUGCAGAUCCAGGACUCUGGCCAGUAUAAAGUGGAUAACAGUGAUGGAGUGAAGAAAGUUACAGCAUAUCAGCUGACUGUAUACAAUCCAGUGACCAGGCUGCACAUAACAUCCUUACAAGUUCCAGCAUCCAGUCCCUCAUCAGUCCGACCUUCAGCUAAUGUGAGCUGUUGGGUUCUGUGUUCUGUGGAGAACAGGAGAGACGUCAUCCUGUCCUGGUACAGAGGGAAUGAGACACUGAACCAAACCAGCAGCCCUGACCUCAACACCAGCCUGUCUCUCCCCCUGGAGAUAGAACACAGAUACACCUAUUACUGUGAAGCAAAGAACCCAGUCAGCUCACAGAACCUCACACUGAACAUAUCAGAAUACUGCCUCAAAACCUCAGGUGACGACAUUUCCUCUACCAAGAGCUUCCUAAUCCCUGUGCUUUUUGGAUGUGGUCUAAUCGUCAUCAUCGUCGUCAUUGUCACCUACCUGAAGAAGAGGAAGCGUGAUGAGCAGAGGGAAGAUGCAUCCGCCUCUACAAGACUGCAUGUGUACACUGACAAUACUGAAUAUGCAGAAGUAAUUCACAGUAACCAGAACCACUCACAGCGACAGCCUGUAUCAGAACUGGGUCCCGGUUCCACACCGGUGAAGCUCACCACCGUGUACGAGGAGCUCCGGCACACUUCAUGAAGGACGGGGGGGCCGCAGAGGAGGCGCUGUGGGCAGAGGGAGGCACCUAAAGUGGGCAGGGGCAGCGGGCAAGAGAAUGAUCAGAGCACCUACCAAUACCAUGCAUAUACCAGGAAGUGUCGGGCCUUAUUUGUGGGUGACAAAAUAAACAGGCUGGCUUACUUGUUCCUACCGGUUGUAACACCCAUCUGUGACAGUGUUUAUCUCAUGUUUUGGGCACUUCUGCUCUGUGUUGAAUGUAGGAAAAGAUUAGCUCACUGUAUGGAAAUCAGUAACCUGUGACAUUCAAAUCUUGUAUCAAGCUAGCAGCUUCCUAUAAAAGCCCUCCUAUGUUCCGAGUUUUGUCCUUUCAGAGAAUGUAUUUGCAUAAAUUGCGCCAUCUUGUGGUGACAAAGAAGAACCUUAAAGUUUUGCAUUUAUUUUUUUAUUUAGCACAUGGUUUUCUCCAAGUUAAGUUUUAUUUCAGCUCAGUAGCUCCGCAGAUUGUCUGUGGCUAUCCCAUCAUGCACAGGGACACGCAAUCUUCAGACUCUGGGACCCAGGCCCAAUCCCAAAAGUCCAGGUACCUGAACACUCUGCCUCACCCCUCCGCCUUCGUGCAUUCCUGAGACUAGUCGCCAUAUUGAAGUGUGUCUCAAAGCAGCAAGGGCUAAGGGGAAGUGGUCCAUUAUGCCCUUAUGAAGCAAGUCAGCAGCAAUGAAAGCCCACAGAAGUGCACUGCUAUUUAAAUAUCCCACAAUGCUUUCACUUCACAACAGAACAGUGU